AAAUCCUUCGAUUUACAGGAUGUAUAAGAGCAGCGUUUCCAUUUAACGACUGAGUGGACGUCCGACAGCCGGUGAUGCGCUGCUUCUCUUCGUCCUCAUUGGGCAUCGCGGCACACGGCGCCUGCCUCCUCCAUGCCCCCACCGCAGCCUGCAGCUAGCUGCUAGCUCGUCCUUUCUCCAGGUGGAACUUGGAAGUGUCCGCGAGAGUGUGAAAGCUGCUGGAUGGAAUGGACAGCAAAGGGAGCUCUCUGCCUUCAAUGCCCGAACCAGCCAACCCCAUCAGCAUGAAGCAGCCACCUGAGUCCCUCGCCAUGCACAAAGCUCGGGGGGACAUGAGCGGUGACCCUUCCCUGUUAAUGAACCAAGCCGCCGCCCAGCUGGCCACCACCUUGCAGGAUGGCGUGCUCCAGAAAAUAUCCAACCACAGCCACGAGACUCUCAAGGACCUCACCUCCCGUGUCCUGAACGGGGAGCAGGACGACAUUCCCAAGCUGUGUGCUGCAGAAGCACCCAUCCUUAAAGGUGCCGAAGCCCCGCCUUCCAAUGGCACCCAUCCGCACACGUGCAGUCCGCACAGCGAGUCAGAAUUGAAGGUAACCAUACCCCAGGUGGUCGGGGUGCCUCUCUUUGAGCCGUGCUCGGCCGGUGGGACUAGUUUGUCCACAAGCGUUGAAGGUACGGCGUCUGCACCACAACAAAGCCAGGAAGUAAAGAGGCGCAGGGGGAGACCUCACAAACCUAAACCUCAACCCAGACUUGGUUCCUCCAACAUAUUUGAGGAGACACUCGGCUCUGAUCCUGUUUUGGCGGCAGCAGAUGAGCCUGCUGUCGUCUCUCCGGAAGCCUCUCACAAGCAGAGAAGCUUUUCUGUUGGUGAUGUGGUUUGGACCAAGGUGUCAGGGUACCCCUGGUGGCCCUGCAUUGUGACCAUAGACCCUGAAUUCAACCAUCACUUCAAACACAAACUCAAUGCUAAAAGUAGGUCAGGCCUGCUUUACCAUGUGCAGUAUUUUGGAGAUGCUCCAGAGAGGGGUUAUAUCUUUGAGAAGAACAUGGUGUCCUUCGCUGGGGAAGACCAGUACCAAGAGCUCAGCCUGCGCAACAAGCAGCCAGUCUCCCGCAUCAUCCACAAAAAGACUCUUCAGUCGGUGCCCCGUAAGCUGAGGCCUCAGUGGAAGAUGGGCGUGAUCCAGGCGACGGAGGCCCUUGUGAUGACGCUGGAUGAUCGUCUGGCCAACUUUACCUUUGUGUACGAUGACAACGGUCCUCACCUGAACCCCUGCAUCCUGGACAAGUUGAAGCCAGAACCAAGCAUGGAGGCAGAGACCCGACUGCUGUUGGGCUCGCUGGCUCGGCUCACAGCAGCCUCCAGAGACAACACUUUAGCGGGGACCAACAUGACCACGGCAAAACAAGGGGAAUGGCUGGAUGGACUGCAAACACUCUCGCAGGUUCACAUGGCGGUUGGAUCAGUUGUGCCUCUCAAGAAGCAGCAAAGACCUAAACAACUUCGCUCCCCUUUAAAGACCGACAAGAGAAGUAAACCUGCCCAGAAAAUGAAACUGAAUAACGGUUCACUUGCAGUGAAGAGGGGAUGGAAGCAGAAGAGGACAAAUGUGUUGGACGUGGACAAAGGCCAGCAGUCAAAAAGGAGACGAAAAAAUUCCCAGGCCUCCAUGUCAGAGGGAGACGACGAGAAGCCAAAGAGGAGGAGGAGGAAGAUCAACAAAGAAAUAAAAGAAACCACGGAAGGACUAAAAAAGUCUAAAGGGCUUGCAGAUGACCGGGAAGCAGAGAAACCAAAGCGUCACAGGAAACGGAAGCAGAAUGGAGAAAACUUCGGUGAGCCCUCCAAGACAAAAAGGAGGCGCUUGUCACUUGAUCCCGAACCUGAAGGCUCUGGAAGUGAAGGAUGUCCUGAUUCUCCAAGUGACAGCCUGGAUGGGAUGAAGAAGGGCGAACGCAAGAAAGAGUUUGUCUGCCAGGUGUGUGAGGAGGCUGGAGAGCACCUGGUGCCUUGUGAAGGUCAGUGCUGUGGGAUGUUCCAUCUCCGCUGCCUGAGUGAAAGCUUUAAAGCUGACGACAAGCUGCUGUGUCAGCAGUGCAGCACGGGUGUCCAUCCGUGUUUCACGUGCAAGCGCUCAGACGGUGAGGUGCGUCGCUGCCACGUCGCCCACUGUGGGAAAUAUUACCAUGAGGUGUGCGCCCGCCUCAGCCCCCUCACCGUGUUUGACAACAAGGGCUUCCGCUGUCCGCUGCACACCUGCCUCAGCUGCCACUAUGGCUGCCGCACGCAGCACAAGUCCACCAAAGGGCGGCUGAUGCGUUGUCUGCGCUGCCCCGUCGCCUACCACGUCGGCGAUUUGUGCAUCGCUGCAGGCAGUGAGACGGUGACCAACACGGCCAUCAUCUGCACCAACCACUUCAACGCCAAGAAGGGCUACAGCCACCACAGUCACGUCAACGUCAGUUGGUGCUUUGUCUGCUCCAAAGGAGGCCAGCUGCUGUGCUGCGAGUCUUGUCCCGCCGCCUUCCACCCAGAUUGCCUGAACAUCGCCAUGCCUGACGGGAGCUGGUUCUGCAACGACUGCCGGGCCGGGAAAAAGCCCAAAUACAGAGACAUCAUCUGGGUCAAACUGGGAACGUACAGAUGGUGGCCUGCAGAGAUCCACCACCCCAGAAACAUACCCACCAAUAUACAGCACCUUCGUCACGAGAUCGGAGAGUUUCCCGUUUUCUUCUUUGGCUCCAAAGAUUACUUCUGGACCCAUCAGGGCAGAGUGUUUCCCUACAUGGAGGGCGACAGAGGAAGCAAGUACCAGAGGACUGGCAUCGGGAAAGUCUUUAAGACUGCGCUGAUGGAGGCGGAAGCUCGAUUCAAGGAGAUUAAGAUGAAGCAGGAGGCGAAGGAAGCGCAGGAGAAAAACCGAAAGCCGCCCCCGUACAAGUUUAUCAAGGUGAACAAACCAGUUGGAAAGGUCCAGGUCUACACCGCCGACAUUGCCGAGAUCCCAAAGUGUAACUGCAAGCCGUCGGUGGACCGGCCGUGCGGCUUUGAGUCGGAGUGUUUAAACCGAAUGCUGCAGUACGAGUGCCACCCCCAGGUGUGUCCCAGCGGGGGGCGCUGCUGUAACCAGGACUUCACCCAACGCCUCUACCCUGAGACCAAGAUCAUCAAGACCCCCGGCAAGGGCUGGGGCUUGAUUUCACUGCGUGACAUCAAGAAGGGCGAGUUUGUCAACGAGUACAUCGGUGAGCUGAUAGAUGAGGACGAAUGCAGGGCGAGGAUCAAGUACGCCCACGAGAACAACAUCACUGACUUCUACAUGCUUACUAUUGACAAGGACCGAAUCAUCGACGCCGGUCCAAAAGGGAACUUCUCUCGCUUUAUGAACCACAGCUGUCAGCCCAACUGCGAGACGCAGAAGUGGACCGUCAACGGCGACACGCGGGUCGGCCUGUUUGCCGUCUGCGACAUCCCAUCAGGAACUGAGCUGACGUUCAACUACAACUUGGACUGUCUCGGCAACGAGAAGACGGUGUGUCGCUGCGGCGCCCCUAACUGCAGUGGCUUCCUGGGAGAUCGACCUAAGAACUCAAACGGCACGGCGGCCGAACCCAAAGGGAAGAGACUGAAGCGCAAGUACCGGAAGAGGCGAACAGAGGGCAAAAAGUCAGACGACGAGUGUUUCCGCUGUGGGGACGGAGGACAGCUGGUGAUCUGUGGGAAGAAGACGUGUACCAAAGCUUUCCACCUGUCCUGCCUCAACCUCUCCAAGAGGCCGUUUGGUCGCUGGGACUGCCCGUGGCACCACUGUGACGUCUGCGGGAAGAACUCUGACGCCUUCUGCCAACUGUGCCCCAACUCCUUUUGCAAGGCCCACCAGGAGGGGGCGCUACGUCUGUUUCCACAGACUGGACACAUGUGCUGCCUUGAACAUGACGAGCAGGAGGCACGCCUCAAGCUGGACCAGGCCACUGCGAUAGCCACACCCACCGUCGGCCGCCCAAAGGGCUCCAAGAAGGCGAAUGGCGGCGAGGUGAAAGGCAAGGGCUCCAAGAGCAAAGCAGCUGAAGCCUGAAGUGACCCUCCACCAAAGGUCAUAGUUAUGUGAACCGGUAGAGAGAGAAAAAACAAGUCAGUUAAAUCUUCGUCAUCAGGGAACGAUCACAGCACACGUCUUCAGGUUUUCUUUUUCUUCCUGCACUGAGCUUACUUCCUGUGGCAAUGUGGCACACAUGGCAAACCUCCAACAAAAUGCCUUUUUCCCCCUCCUUUUUUUUAGAUUGUAGAGUAGGUUGCGUUGGUGUCACAAUGGCUCCAACCCUGCCCCUUUAUUCAGCAGUUCUAGUAGUUUCUACCUGUGUCAGAGAUGGGCAAAAGAAUCCAGUGGUGGAAUGCGAGCAGCAGAGGUGCUUUUGCUUUACUCUCAGCUGGUUUGCUGUGGGAAGAGGUUGAGUUAAUCCAUGCUGCUAUGACAGAACUCCUGCAGUAAACAGGAUAUUUUAUUGCUCUCCGAAAUGUGUGCUGAUCAAGACCACAACUGAUCCAACACGUUGCCAAAUGUAUUUUGUACUCUAAUAUAUAGUAUAAAUAGUAAAUAUAUGUAUUAUACGCCAGACAUCCUGCUUUGUUGUAGCUUCCAUCCCAUGCUUGACUUGACAGAUAUAUAUAUAU